AUGGAGGUGGUGAAGGCAGAUCUUUAUCGCUUAGCUAGCUGUAGCAGCCCAGUUCACCUGUGCCCUAGCGCCUGGGUUGUCGCAGGCGCGCUGGCGGCGCCGCACUUCCUCUAUGCCUUCAUCUGGUUCAAGCCCGACCGCUGGCAGCGGCUAUUUUGCGGCACCAAGGCGGUGGACGCGUUUGCCUUUUUUGGAGCCCUGGGCAAGGUGCUGCAGUUUACAGUGGUGGGCCUGUGGCUUUCGUGCCAGCUGCCAGCCGGGCUAUGCCUAGACCUGCGAGCAGUGGGCCUUCUGCAGUGGCUGGCGGCGCUGGCGCUGUUUGGUUACGGGCAGUCGCUCAACGCUGGCAUCUUCCGCGCGAUUGGCCACGUGGGUGUCUAUUACGGCUUCAAGCUGGGCCACGAGGUGCCCUGGGUCAAAGGGUGGCCCUUUGACACAGUCAGCCACCCCCAGUAUGUAGGCUCAGUGCUGAGCGUGUGGGCCAUUGUGGCCCUGCUGUGGGGCCAGGUGGCAUCCCCUGCGCUCCUGGUGUUGGCUGGGUACUGGACGACGCUGUACGUGAUUACGGGGUUGCAAGAAGACCGCACCUGA